GGCAACAUUUUUUUCUUAAAGACAUUUGAGGCACUAAUCUAAAAAGGCCGACGACAAUAUGUCUGGAAUUUCACUUAGCCCUGUACUUCUUUUUACAAUUGUGAACUUGGUCCUGUCGUCGCCAGUACCAGAUAAAGUGGGACCCCAAAAUGUUAAUACUGUCGAGGUAGCCAACGAGAGAACGGUUCAGCUCGAACACCUUCAUGAUAACGUAUACAGAAUUUUACUUCCUGAUCGUGCGGGAAAUUUGCUUGAGCAAAUUGUGGAAGAAACGGGGCCUGGCCAGUUUACAGGAAAAGAUGACCUAAAACGUGCUUACUUUGGACCGGCAGCAAGACUAAUCGUAACCAGCAAAACGGGUCCUUAUUCCUACUUAACCAAGUACACAAUUAUACCGAAAGAACUUAAAUUGCCGGCACCCGAAAAACAAUAAUUUUAGUACAUAGUCAAGACUUUCAAAAAUUUCGGUCAAGCAUUAAAUGUUGUAGUUAAUUGGCUUUUUGUUGCUCAACAUUUAA